UUUCUCUCGCGCCGCAAUCGUAUUCGCAUUUGUCAGGCUCGACGCGUUGCGAUUUGAUGAUAAAUACUAGUAUAUCGCACGAUCAGUGAGUCAAAGCACACGCGAGCGAUAUAAAGCGUACCAAGCCGUUAGUGAAAGAAACAACAUCCCGCAUCGCUUAUCUAGCACCUCAGACCACCGGGUCCUUCAUUACCUUACACCUCCGAAUAAAUAUGGCAUUAAAUCUGCCCAAGUGGCUCAAGGACAACUCCCACCUCCUUAAACCUCCCAUCAACAACUACUGUGUCUACCACCCCUCAUCUCCCUCCACAGGAGGCUUGACAGUCAUGGUUGUCGGCGGACCCAAUGCUCGAACAGACUACCACAUCAAUACCACUCCCGAGUUCUUCUAUCAACACAAAGGCUCCAUGCUGCUCAAGACCAUGGACACCUCGACGGAACCUCACACUCCGGUUGACGUACCGAUCCACGAGAACUCGCUGUAUCUAUUGCCCGCCAAUACACCUCAUAAUCCUGUCCGGUUUGCGGAUACCGUCGGAGUCGUCUUGGAACAGCCGCGUCCAGAAGACUCAGUAGACACGCUGAGAUGGUAUUGCAAAAAAUGCGGAAAUAUAGUACACCAGGCCAGCUUCCACUUGACAGAUCUUGGAAGCCAGAUCAAGGAAGGUGUGCUGGCAUUUGAUAGCGACACCGAAGCCAGGACAUGUAAGAACUGCGGGACCGUUGCCACGUCGAAACCGGCGCCGGGCGAAAUAGAGCAGCCACCAAGGUUUCCUCCUGAGUAGGCUGUGU